UGUGCAAAAUACAUCCAGUGACGGUGAUCGUCUUCUUUUUCUUUCACAAACACAAACACCUCCCUCUAUCCUUAAUUUCUCCUCUUCCAAGAAUCUUAAUUUCCCUCCAUUACCAAACAAGUCUGCCUGAUUUAUCCUUUCCAUCAUCUACCCUUUUUUUCUUAUAUAUGUAUAUAUUUUAGUAAACGUGUUACUUUUUCAUCUCGAAAGGCAGGCUUAGGUUUCAGAGAAGAAAAUGAUGGACAACUCUAGUAGUCGUCGUUCAAAUAGCAUCAAUUUCAGCAAGGGUGCUAUUGAUGAUGUAGCCUACAGCAUCGGAUUUUCACUUCUACUCCUUGUUGUAUUAGUGAUCAUAUCCUACAUCUCCUACAAAUGCAACCGGCUGUCUUCUUAUUCCAGCACCACCAACUCCUCCUUCUACCGAACCCAUGAUGAUGAUUCAAUCACCGCGCAGCAGCUAGGCGGCCUGGAUAAGGCGACCCUUGUGAAUUACCCAAAAUUGUUAUAUUCUCAGGCUAAGCCUCACAAAGGAGAUGAUCCCGCUGCUUCAGCCUGCUCAAUCUGUUUGUCUGAUUAUAAAGAAACUGACAUGCUCAGGCUGUUGCCCGACUGCGGCCACAUCUUCCACCUCAAGUGUAUUGAUCCUUGGUUAAUGCUUCAUCCCACUUGCCCAAUCUGUCGCAGCUCGCCGCUGCCAACUCCUCUUGCAGAGAAUUAAGGGAAAUACUCCUUUAGGACCCAAUUUUGGGUUUGCUCACAAGUCUCAGCCCAGAUUCUGCAGAGUAAUUGUGUACGAUUACUACAAGAAAUAAAUUGAGUAUAGUAAUCUCAGUGAGC